GAGUCCAGGAUCUAGCCAAAAUGGUGAAAAGGUUCCUAACCAGGACAAUGAUACACUGAAGGAAUUGUUGAAGUGCAAUGUGGACAAGUCUGUGAAGAUGACCGUUUACAGCAGCAAGAGUCAGUCAGUACGUGAGGUGACGAUCACUCCGAGCCAUAAAUGGGGGGGACAAGGAUUGCUGGGCGUCAGUAUUCGAUUCUGCUCUUUUGAAGGUGCUAACGAAAAUGUGUGGCACAUUUUGGAGGUUCACCCCAACUCACCUGCUGACCUGGCCAGUCUACGAUCCAACACAGAUUACAUCAUUGGGGCAGAUUCUGUAUUACACGAGUCUGAAGAUCUGUUCACAUUAAUAGAGUCUUAUGAAGGUAAACCUCUCAAGUUGUAUGUCUACAACACUGACACAGACAGCUGCCGUGAGGUGACCAUCACCCCAAAUAACCAGUGGGGUGGCGAAGGAAGUCUUGGUUGUGGUAUUGGUUUUGGCUACCUGCACAGAAUUCCUAAACGUCAGUUCCCAUCAAAUAUGAACGUCACUACAUCGGUAACAGCACCUGAAGCACCCACUAAGACUGUUGAUGGAUUUUCUGAGGUGUCGCUAUCAUCAACACCUCAGCCUGCUGGAUUGGUGCAAGGCAUGGCUAAUAUGUCACUGAAUACAGGCGUCCCAACUAUCCCUGUGUUAAACAAUCCAGUUGAUGCAAUGUCUGGGGCCAGUGGAGUUCCAGGCCAGAUGCCUUUCUCCACACCCUUAACAUUUCCACCAGGUUCAGCAUCAACUCUGCCGCCACCAACAGCCAUGCUAAACUUACCAAACCUAGCAUCACUUCCUCCACUGACCACUCCAAUAUCUAUACCUGGAUUCCCAACCAUACCCCCCACGUUCUCUACAUCAGCAAUCAACCCUGGCGUUGUCGGAGGGGCAGCUGCAGCUGGGGCAGGAACGGUUGCAGGAGGAGCCACUGUGCCUCUCACCACAGGAAUGGUAGGACCACCCAUCACUACUGGAAUGAUGGCACCUCCUGCUUUCAGCACAGGAAUGGUUCCACCUCUAAUUAGCUUACCAAAUCUGUCAGCAUCUAUGAUGCCUUCCAGUACAGUGCCAGCCAGCAGUAUCUCCACAUUGCCCGGUAUGACGUAUUCCUCCAUACCCGCGACACUGCCAACAGCCACAGCGACUCCAGUGGCAAACGAAGGAGCUAGUGAAGGUGUGUCGCUGACGCAAAGCCAUGUGUCUGCGCAGCCCCAAGCUGCAGAGCUGACUGCACGGACCAAUGAACUGGAGGAGAAAAAGGGUGUAAUGGCAGCUUCUUAACACCUGAUCAAACGCGCGGCUAAAGUUUUUGAACCAAACAGUGGAAGGAUGUAAAAAUAACAAAAAAAAAACACACCUAUAUUUAUAUA